CUAGAGUGGAAAGCCGUGUUCGGAUUGGUCGAAGCGGACGUCGAUCAGCCGGUGGGCGGAAAACGACAGUCUUACUUCAUUGAUAGCAGUGAAUGAAGAGAAUAAGAGCUUCUGCUGAAAUGAAAUAAUGUUUGUGUACUUUAUCGUUCUCAUUGUUCUUUUGUUCACUUCACGUCCUGCAGCAGGGAAAACGGUUUCUGGGGUUUUCAGGAGCGACGCGGCGAGACAAAACGAUGGGCAAUACAUCACCAGAUUUCUGUAUCACGGUGAGAAUGGUCUGAUGGCGUAUCGUGUGGAUAAUGUGCUGCUGGCCGUGCAGAAGGAGGCCAGACUGCUGCUGUUUCAGGGCUCGGAGGGUUUUGACAAUCUCAGCUGUCUGGAGCGAGUCACAUCAGCUCACAUCUCCAUUAACCUGAUCAAAGAGGAGCAGAACCAGACCAUACCGCACGAGUCCACACCGCAGACGUGGUACGUGAUGUACGUGGAUCGCUACACCUGUCAGGGCGGUCAGAUGGACGGCGCGCUAGAAGACGUGCGCUUCCAGAUCACCAUGAUGAACCCAGACGCCGCAGGAAACCCGCUGGAUCACUUCAGCGCUGAGGAGGCCGGGCUACACAGUUUCUACUUCCUGCUGAUCCUGGCGUAUUUCGUGGCGUCGUGCAUCUACGUGCAGCCGCUGUGGCAGGCGUUGAGCAAAGGCGGCCCGAUGCACACGGUGCUGAAGGUGUUAUCCACGGCGCUGCUGCUGCAGGGAACAUCAGUGCUGCUCAACUACAUACACAUGGCCCGGUACGCUCGAGACGGAGUGGGAACGCCGCUGACGGGGAGCCUCGCCGAACUGUGUGAUAUGGUGGCGCAGGUGCAGAUGCUGUACAUGUUGUUGAGUCUGUGUGUGGGCUGGUCUCUGAGCCGCAGCAGGAAGUCUCAGAGUAAACCGCUGCAGUGGGACUCGUCUCCGGCCUCCACGGCGCUCGCUCUGGCCGUCGUCAUCGCUCAGGGGGCGCUGCUGAUCUGGGAGCAGUUUGAGGACACGGAGCACCACAGUUUUCACGCUCACCGCAGUGUGGCCGGCUGGCUGCUGAUGGCGCUGCGCGUGUCUCUGGCUCUGUUCCUGGCGUCGGUGCUGUAUCAGAUCAUCUCCGCCGAGCGGAGCGCGCUCAAACGAGACUUCUACCUGAGCUUUGCCAAGGGCUGUUUCCUGUGGUUCCUGUGUCAUCCGGUGCUGGUCCUGUUCUCUGUGAUGCUCAACGAACAUCAGAAAGAAAAGGUGGUCACGAUCGGCGUGAUCCUGUGCCAGUCCAUCUCGGUGGUGGUUCUGUACCGCCUCUUCCUGUCGCGCAGUCUGUACUGGGAGGUGUCGUCGCUGUCGUCGGUCACGCUGCCGCUCACCAUGAGCCACCGGAGCCGCUACUGAGCGUCAGACGGGAGCGCCGCGCUCCGGCAGCUCAUCCGCGUCCGGCGUCGGGGCGCACGCGAGCGGAACGUCUCCGAGAUGCGACGGCACGACGGCGAGACGCUGAGCAUUAAACGCACACGAGGGAGUGAAACGCACAGUUUACACCACCCAGGGCUUAUUCAUCACAGAUUACAUCACACUUCAUGUGUGGAGA